AUGUUAAACAAACUUAAUUUAUUAUUAAAAAGUCAAACUGAAGAACAAGGACUUUUAUUAUCAAUAGAAAAACUUCUUUUUAUUAUCGAUAAAUUAUUUUAUAAAGCAAAUUUAGAAAAAAACGUUCAUAUUCAACCAUAUGAAGGUAAAAGACGAAAAACAUCUGCUUAUGCCAGUGUAACACAUUUUAAUAUAAUAGAUAUUCAAUGUCAUAGAUCAGCUAUUAAACAAGCACGAUCAAGAGAUGAAUCGGAAUCAGCUUUAUUACAAAAUGCAAAUACACCUUCUAAUGGGUUAUUAACAUUAUCGGAACGUGAUGUUGCUCAAGCACAAUUUACAAGAGCAUUUCUAAGGUUUGAUUUUGAGAAUUCGUUUUUGUUUUUUCGUAUGUGAUUAAAAUUAUUUCCUAACGAGGCAACGUCUCCAACAUAAACUAAAACAAAAUAGAUCUUAAUCAGUCUAGAAAAACUCUCAAAUGCAGUUUGCCUCUACUAAUCUUUCGGUAAAGAAAUACGAGAUUUUUACGAGUAACUCUCCUGAUCUGUGUAGAUUUACGGUCGAACUUGUACGUCUUUUUCAGUAGUUCCAAAACAUAAGAUAAGAAUAAGGUUAACUGUGUGCAUAGAGAUAAGUAUGGAUCGCGGGUAAGGACGCACGGGACCAAAGUUUUUGUGCUUUCGCACAUCUCUAUAUGAGAUAGAUUGAGACGUAGAAUAAAGACAUGUUCUGACGAUCAAAGUCCACCAAAUGAUUAAAAACUUUUGAACUGAUAUUUUGUCCAUAACUAGAAAAAGGCUAAAAGGAUAAGUGUCCUAUAGGUCUUUCUUCCGGAGUUAUGACCGGUUUACUGGGUUUUUGGUCCAUGGCAAGGUAUUUAGAAAAAAAUCGCAUGACGAAAUUUUGUCUAUAUGUAGAUCUGAUGGUCGUUAGUAUGCGGUAAAAGUUUCAAUGAUAAUGGAUCUUUCUUUCUCGAGAUAAUCAAUAUAUAAGAAAUGAAUUGUUUUUUUUUCUGUAAAAUGUGUAUACUUAUUUACAAUUGAUUUUCUCGAUAAAGUAAGAUCCGUUUUCGUUGAAACUUUUAACGCUUACCAAGGAUCAUGGGCCCUACAUAUAGGCAAAAUUUCAGAUAAAAACGUUCGUCAUUCGAUAUUUGCUAAUAAGUCCUUCUAUCUAGAUGAAUAUGAGAAAUGUUUGUUUUUACUUCUAGUCAUAGACUAGAAUUCUAAACCUAUUUAUACUCAAAGAUUAUAU